AUGCGUUGUUUCCUUGAUGGUUCUCUGGCAUUUGAACUUCCUGUAAGGUUUCCUUUGAAGUUGGUGGGUGGGAAUUUUGGUGGUCGGAUAUGGAUUCCAUCUUCGAGAGCAUUCCUUUUAAGUGAGAGAUGUGUGAAGAUUAUGGCCAUGCAUUCAUCAAAAAAGGGAAGAGAAGAAGAUUAUGUUGUAGAGUUUGUUAUCAAGGGAUCCAAUGGGUACGUACCACGUGGUGAUUCCUCUGUAGGUUGUGAUUCUGGACGUGAGUGCGCCGACUUUGCCACAGGUGUACGAUCUGCUGUACAUGUGCUAGAAUCUGUUUAUUGUUCACUCUCCGAUGCUAGCGAUGGGAAGGUUGGUUCACGCGCCACUGUUGCGGAUAAAAUUACUGGUUCACGCGCCUCUAAUUCUAGCCAUGAUUGUGGGUUUUCCAAUGAAAGUUGUGAGGUUGAUGACGCUCCUAGGUUUGCUCGAAGCUGGGGACCUUAUUCCCCAGAUUGA